AAAUCACUAUCCGGGAUUGAUACAACAAAUCAAAAGUACCUUCCACCAUCUAUCAAUAAGUUUUAUUCAAGGAGAGGGUUAUCAAUAACGUAAUAAUUCUCUCUACAUGGGGGUCCGCUCAUAAUCUGUUUUGCUAUAAUUUAAAUUCAUCAUUCUGUAUUAAUAUAAUCACCAUGCUAAAUAAUAAUUCCACCAAGAGAAAACGAAACACAGAGAAUACUACAUCAUCAACUUCCAAGGGAAAUUCGGGACAAAACAACAAAAAGAAGCAAAAGCAAAAUGUCAAACAAGACGAGUCGACAGAUAUUAUGAGCCUGUUCAGCUCUUCGCAACCAACACAGGAGGAAAUUAUGAAGGAAAUUCAAAAGAUGGAGAGUCUAGUUAAAACCUACGAAGAACAACUUGAGGCAGUCAACAAUAGGACACUUCCGAGCACAGAGCAGAGCACUAAAACCGAACCUUUUGUUCCAAAGAAUAGAAUCCAAGCUGUGUACUACCAAAACAUGAAAAACAGUCUAUAUGCCGACAGAAAGUUUGAUUCCUUGCUCUACAAGGAUGACGAAAAGAUGGAAAAGACUCUCAGAAAACCACAAGAUUAUGAUUUUUGUGAGAAGAAUGAAGAGAUUUUCCAGGAAAUUCUUCCCGAUCUUACAAAGAUCGUCAAGGGCAGACUAGAAAAGCUUGAAAAGAAAAAUAUCGAGAAUGGCAAUCUUUUCAAGAAGCUAAGAUAUGAAUGGUGGGCUAAAAACAGGAUUACCAUUGAUGACGUUAGAAACGAGAAUACCAGAUUCAAGGAUCAACUUGCUGUUGUGCCACCAAUGCUCAACGAUGAGGAGAAGAGAAACUGCUUUAUUAGUACUAACCACUUGACUGCAAGCGAAAAAGUUCUUCAACAGUAUCAAGAAACUAGAAUUCUCGAAGAGAUUUGGACAGAGGAAGAAAAGAAAACAUUUGUUGAUAAGUUUACAAAAACACCUAAGGAUAUGAGAGUAAUUGCAUCAUACUUGCCAAAUAAGACAACUGGUGAUGUUGUUACUUUCUAUUAUAAUUACAAAUUGACUGAGGAUUUUAAAAAGAUGAAAAACGAGUUAAAACUAAGCCAAAAAUAUAGGAAAAGGUUUGUAGAUGAAGGUAAACGAAAGGAUUAUAAUGAACCAGAAUCUCCUAUGACUCCCCUUGAGCCAAUCUUUACAAAGGAUGCUAAAGUUGCAGCUGCUGAAAAUAGAGCUAAUGUGGCAGCUAGAAAUAAGAAGAAGGAGGAAGAAGAAUUAUUAGCAGAAUGGUCUCAAGCUGAAAUUACCAAAUUUAAAAAUCAUUUCACCAAAUUUGGUGCAGAUUUCUCCAAGAUUGCUCAAAAACUUAAAACUAGAGAUGAAGCUCAAUGUAAACAAUUUUUCGAGGACAAUAAGGUCAAACUUAAACUUGUAGCUGCAAAUACCAAUACUAAAGAUGCCAACAAGAAGAAGAAGACACAAGCAGCUUCCACUGUUGCUAGUACAACUAAUACUACACCUGCUGUUAUCUCAUCUUCAUCGACUGCUAUUCCACCACCUAGUACCACUUCUCCAGCAACUAAAAAGAUAACAAAGGAAGUUCCAGAGAAGAAGGAAGUUACUCCAGUAUUGCCUCCAUCUACACCUCCUGCAGGAAUCACCAAACCAAACAAGACUAAAAAGAUUCUCAAAAUUGUUUCUAUUUGGACUGUCAGCGAAAGAGAUGCAUUCCUUGAAUAUUUCAGAGAGUAUGGACGUGACUGGAAAACUAUUGCUGAACUCAUUCCAACCAAAACUGAAACUCAAAUUAGAAAUCUCUUUUUGAAUUACAAGAUCAAAUUGGGCCUUACUUUACCAACAAAACGUAGAAAGAAAAAGAAGAGCCCUAUUCCAUAUGUUGAAUCUAAUCCAGAGGUUGCCACCCCUGAUUUGUUCACUCUAUCAGUGUUGGCUGGAGAAGUUCAAGAUAAGGGUUCACCACUCGAUGAAUCUCCAACAAGUUCAAUAGAAAAUAGACCUCAACGAUCACUUUCUACCUCACUUCAAGUCAGUAACAAUUCCCAAUUACGUAAAAACAAAAAAGCAAAGAAAGGAGCUCAAUCACCAAGCAGUAUUGAUGUUUUGGCUUCUGUCAGUUGCAACCAAUACAUUCCUUCCCUCCAAGAUCUAAUUCAAUCCUAUCAAACAUCAGCAUCUAAUGCACCUUCCUCCCAAACUCCUAAUGACCUGUAUCUUCCACCAGUUCAACAACAAUCAUCUAGUUCACACUAUGCUUAUCCUCAACACCAAUCUCCUCCAACUAUGCAUUCCAAUAUUCCAGAGGAACAUAAGUAUUCUCGAUCAAUGGUAGCUCCAACUAACAUUCCUCAACAAUCAUACAGAUCCCAACCAGAAACUGAUUCCAGGGAUGGUAUCAUAAUGAGAACUCUUGUAAAUCAAGGUACAUCACAUGUUACUAAUAGUCACACCAUUUCAUUGGACUCGACGCAUCACAUUGUAAAUGAUAUCAAUCUGACGUCCACAGAGAUACUAACUCCAACCCCUUAUCAAGGAUUCCAGGAAAGAUUGGCCAGAUUACCUCCAAUGGAUGGUCCUAUGACAUCUUCUCAUUUCGUUCCUGAGCCAAAGAAAAAUGAUACUACAGAAAUAGUUCUGGAAGAGGGAGGAUUUGGUGAUUCUUAUCCUGCUUUUGACCAACAACAACAACAGCCACCACAACAUUUACCUCCAAUCAACAAUAUGUCUCUUCGACAUAAUUCAAUGCAAGACAUUCAACAACCUUUCAUGAACAUGCCUCCACAACACAAUUCUUCUUUACAGCACCAUCCUUAUGGUCAUCAACAAUAAACUUUUUAUCUUUUUUUAAC